CUCCUCAUCUCUCAUCAUGUCUGACCUCUACGCUACCAUCACGACCCCUAACGGCGUCAAGUAUGAACAGCCUCUGGGCUUGUAUGUCACCCCGCGUUCCAUCCCCUCGAUAUUACUUUGGGUAGAGAGUUAACCACUGUUUACUUUACAGGUUCAUUGACGGCGAGUUCGUCAAGGGUGCCGAUGGCAAGACUUUCGAGACCAUCAACCCCACCAACGAGAAGCCCAUUGUCUCCGUCUAUGAGGCCUCGGAGAAGGAUGUGGACACCGCCGUUGCCGCUGCUCGCAAGGCCUUCGAGGGCGAAUGGCGCCAAGUCACUCCUUCCACCCGUGGCCGCAUGCUGACCAAGCUCGCCGACCUUUUCGAGCGUGAUGCCGAGAUCCUGGUGGCCAUCGAAGCCCUGGACAAUGGCAAGUCUAUCACCAUGGCCAAGGGUGAUAUCGCUGCCGCUGCCGGUUGCCUGCGCUACUAUGGUGGCUGGGCCGACAAGAUCCAUGGUCAGACCAUCGACACCAACUCUGAGACCCUGAACUACACUCGCCACGAACCCAUCGGUGUCUGCGGACAGAUCAUCCCCUGGAACUUCCCCUUGCUGAUGUGGUCCUGGAAGAUCGGUCCUGCCAUCGCUACCGGUAACACUGUUGUCCUCAAGACCGCUGAGCAGACUCCUCUGUCCGGUCUCUAUGCUGCCAAGCUGGUCAAGGAGGCAGGCAUCCCCGCCGGUGUGGUUAACGUCAUCUCCGGUUUCGGUCGUGUUGCCGGUUCCGCCAUCUCUCACCACAUGGACAUCGACAAGGUCGCUUUCACUGGCUCCACCCUUGUUGGUCGUACUAUCCUCCAGGCCGCCGCCAAGAGUAACCUGAAGAAGGUGACCCUUGAGCUGGGUGGCAAGUCCCCCAACAUUGUCUUCAACGAUGCCGACAUUGACAACGCUAUCUCCUGGGCCAACUUCGGUAUCUUCUACAACCACGGUCAGUGCUGCUGCGCUGGCUCCCGUAUCCUGGUUCAGGAAGGCAUCUACGACAAGUUCAUUGCGCGUCUCAAGGAGCGUGCUCUCCAGAACAAGGUCGGUGACCCCUUCGCCCAGGACACCUUCCAGGGUCCCCAGGUUUCGCAGCUCCAGUUCGACCGCAUCAUGGAGUACAUCCAGCACGGUAAGGAUGCUGGUGCUACCGUUGCUGUCGGUGGUGAGCGUCACGGCACCGAGGGUUACUUCAUCCAGCCUACCGUCUUCACCGACGUCACCUCCGACAUGAAGAUCAACCAGGAGGAGAUCUUCGGCCCCGUCGUCACUGUUCAGAAGUUCAAGGAUGUUGAGGAUGCUAUCAAGAUCGGCAACAGCACUUCUUAUGGUGAGUCCUUCCGGAAUCAAAUUGCUGCGAUGCCAAGUGCUAAUGUUAUGUCCUAGGUCUUGCUGCCGGUAUCCACACCAAGGAUGUCACCACUGCCAUCCGUGUUUCCAACGCUCUCCGUGCUGGGUAAGUCACCAUUACUACUACAUAAAUUGAAUUCACUCGCUAACAAGCACAUAGAACUGUCUGGGUCAACAGCUACAACAUGCUCUCCUACCAGGUUCCCUUCGGAGGUUUUAAGGAGUCCGGUAUCGGCCGCGAGCUCGGCUCGUACGCACUUGAGAACUACACCCAGAUCAAGGCCGUCCACUACCGUCUG